UUAUUUGUCUCGUCAGUCUGUCACUGGCAGCAGCUCGGUUCGGUUUGUUUUGCGCGUUGUUUUGUUGCAGCUUUGCGUUGGCUGUUUUUCUUAGCAGUGACUAAAAAGAAAAAAAAAACUCAUUGUGUGAGGGUUUUCGUUGUUUCCAAAUCCAGCAAAAGUGCGAUUAGUUUAUCAGUGAUUAACGGUUGAUUUCGUGUUUCCUGUCUCGAUCCUCGCGUGUCGUGUCAUUGUCGUCGCGCUGGUUACCGAUUACGAUCGACGAAAAAGCAACGGAUCAACUCCUCAACGACUUUGGGGGGAAGCAUCAAGCGUGUUUAUUAUUGCCAACAUCCGCAUUGGGCGCAAUCUUCCGCGGUGGCGGAAGAAAUCCCAUAAAGAAGAAUAACAAACACCGUUGUGAAAAGGCGCAAAAAAAAAACAACAGAGACCCGAAACCCACGGAUAGAUGGGGGCGCGCGCGAUUGACCAAAAGUGAAGUUCGAGCAUCCUCCUCAUCAUUGUUUUUGGUCGUAGUUGUUUGAAGUGAUCGUGCGGGUUCGCUGCCGCGCGGUAACGGAGCCGAUCAACACGACGGCAGGGGUAACCUGAGCCUAGUGCGAGUGUGGCUUGCAUUUGGAGUAGAUCUUUCGACCGGGCAAGACGCGCGAUUUUCGAGUUAAGACGGCUACUGCGGCCAAUUCACAGGCUCUCGAAAGAGCACAUUCCAGUGAAUCGACAGAAAUUCGAGUGCGAAGGGAAUCACAAGUGCAAUAAAGCGAAGAGUUAUGAUGCUGGUGGUGUGAUGAGUGGAAGCCAAGUGCUAUUGGGAAGAUCGCACCCCCGUUUUGAUUGAGUGCAGAUCGUGAGUGAGUUAGAUGAGCCGCCGAGCGAUAUGUGGUUUGUGAAACGACGGCCAAGUGCUACGAGUAGUGAAAUUGUGAAGCGAAAUAACGUCCCCUUUGAUAUAAUCGGUUUUUGUGGGUUCGACCAGUGGCAGCGGCUCCAGUGGCUGCGAAGCCGACAGCUGUUUCGACGGUAGGAUAUUGAAACCGCAACGAAAGCAACACCACAUCUACUACGGAAUAUAAUUAUCGUUGAAUAGUGGUGCGCUAUAGUGCUGGCUCGGGUUUACUCUCGGUGUGGGAUACAAAGGGCUCAGCACACAGGACGGUGAAUGCAUGAUGGAACCGCGAGGGGCGCUUUUCCGAGAGAUCCAUAAAAACACCUGGCUGCGACGGCUGAGCGGUGACGGAAAGAGACCAUCUGUGCUGGCUAAGAAAGCGGACCGUUACUGGGUCGUGUUCUGCGUCCAUGACGACUGCGAAGCGUUCCUCGAGGGUUACGUCGAUCCGCGACAGGCGCCGUCGCACAGCCCGGAGUGGUCCCUCUCGCUGCAAACCGUCCAGCACAUUUCGCACGCCCUCGUUCCGGUCGAGCAGGAGUUCGAGUUUGUGAUAACCCUCAGCACCGAUGUGGCCCGGUUCAACGCCAACACGUGGGAGUGCAUGCAGGAGUGGGUCGAUUCGCUGCGAUCCAAACUGCGGGAGAUGAAAUUGCUCUCGCCCAAGGAGAAUCUGUACUCCAAGCUGCCAGAGAUUAGACCACCUCUGGCGCCAACGCGAGAUCCUACUUCGCCUCUACCGGCAACUCCGCCGGUUCCGGCGGCUAUUGUCCCUGGAAUAGAACGCAUUCAACCCAUUUCCUUACAACUACAUCAUCCCACUCCAACAUCCUCCCAACCUUCCAGUAUUACUCCCGUUUUGGUUCCUACGACGAGCACUGCCCCCAACAUCUCGAGUGCCUCCUCCUCAGCGACCCACGUCCCGCCAAUCACUGCCAUGUCCAAUACGUCAACGCAGAAUCUCAUGAACCUGCUUACGAACCCGCUGCAAGCCGUGAGCAGCCUAAAUAAUCAGCACAUUAGCAGUCAGCACCUUUUCGAUGCCAUAUCGCUAGCAUCCUCCGAUCUGUCCGACGCCAGCCUGGACGAGUAUUCGAGCGAACUCAUCAAACGAUUCAUAUCGAGUAAUAGUCCAUUAGCGUCGCCUCCGCCCUCAACGGUGGCGUCAACGCUGGCCUCAUCGAGUUCCGGCAGUGCCGUGGCCGGUCCAUCCACUAGCAGCGGUGCGUCAAAUUUGGGCAAACCUCAAAAACCGGUCAAGGAGAACGUAAUCACCAGCGGCAGCAGCGGUGCUUCGUCCUCAUUGGCCACAACAUUCGUGAACAACGUGCUGGCCGAUCCGGGAACAACGUCACUCAAGCGUACGGACAAAAAAGUGCUGGUCGACGUCCGAGCGGAGGAUUUUGCUGCUGACGAUAGUGGGAGUGAUGAAGAAGCUGACGCCAGCAACAGCUCCGGUACCGGCACCACCAGUUCCAGUAGCAGCAGUAGGAGUAGUAGCAGCAGCAGCGGCAGCAGCAGUAACUACGGCUGUGGCAGUAGUGAGGGUAGCAACAGGAGUGAUAGAGCGAGGCGAAUCGGGACCGAAAGUGGCAAUGAAUCAUCGUUAUUAUCAACAGCACCGGCGUCGACGAGCCAAUCCUUGGCCGGUGAACGCAUCACGACGACGUCUUCAUCGUCGUUCUCCAAGGCAAGACAUGCCAACCGCGAUGACCCUAAGCGAACUCGCCGGAAAUCGGGCAAUAAGUCAUCGAGCAAAUCCUCCACCAACGUUACCAUCAUCCAAGUGUCGAAUGGUUCCAGUGACAGCGAAUCCCCGGUAAAGCUGCUGGCAUCUCCAAAACCGCAGCAUCGCACCAAACCGGAACUGGUUACGAAACUGUCCAACGGUAGCACGCUGAUUACCGAUGACCUGUCCGAUGACAACUACAAAAGCAACGUGCAAAUAAUUCCGUCCAACGUCGAGUACGAUCAUCACGUAAGCCUCCCGGAUCACCAUAAUCAGGAACCAUCAAUUAUAGCCUCGAUCAACGAUCGACAGAUCACAACCGUCAAAGUACCUAAUCUCGUUGUCAACGGCAGUAGCAGUAGUAGUAAUAGCGGUAGUAGUAAUAACAGUAGCAAUGUAACCAUCAGCUCAACUAGUGUGUCAACGGCGCAGCCCACGGUAAUUUCUACGAUAGCGUCGUCUUCAACGCCUAUCAAAAGUGAUAGCAACUUCGGUACGGUAACGCAAAUUUCGGUCAACUCGCCAUGUGAUAGGUCUAGGACACCUCCUCAGCAGCACCAGCACUACGAGCAGGUAUUUCUUCUUUCCUCACCCAUACAAGUAGUCAGCAAUUUGGACCAACCGACCAGUCUGCAGUCACCUCUUCCGAUCGCGUCGGGUAGUUCGGCAGCAACCAAACUCAACAAGAGCAAAAUCACUCUCCUCAGUAAGCAGCAGCGUUCAUCUAGUCAUUCCGAAAUACAACUCAACCGGGUUAGGCAACUACGAAGCGGCCAAGGCAACAAAGAAAACCAAGGUGAGGGUGGUGCAGCAUGCUCUUCUGGUCACAAAAGCGGAAUUCUACCAUCGGCGAGUAGUCCGGCGGUUCCCUCCGGCGGCGGUAACCUCAGUCCGUCGAAACGGGCUCCAGUAGAUAAGAACAUCUACACGCCUCAACCGCAACGGCCGAUGCUGCAGCGGGGGCUUACCGAAAUGGUUAUUAGUCGGUCAACUAACGCGGUCGUUGCCGGUGGACGAGAUCCGGCUCGUGGACGGCAACCAACCGCUCAACAAACGGCCGACAAAUUCAGGAACGAAAUCAACGAGCAGAGACGGAGAAGCUCUUCGACUUCUGACGCGCAACCGGAAACAUCGGUGAACCCAGUCAUGAGGGCAAGGCUAAAUGGUGCGUCCCGUCUGCAAUCGCCCCCACAGCCGUUCCGACCUCAUCAUCAACUUAUCAACCAGCUGGACUCGAUGAAUGGAUCCAACCGAAAGUUGACAUUGCGGGAACAGCAGGUAAUGCAGCUGCGCCGCGAAAUGAUGCACCCGGGAGGAGUUCGGCUGCAGUUGCGGCGGAAAGAUUGCAUAAACUCAAUCGGGCUGGUGGACGCGUUCGGGGCAGUUUGGGUAGCCGGGUGGAAGCAGAAGGAACACCCGGUGCUGUACAAUGCGCUCCACAUCGGGGAUCAGCUGAUAUCGGUAGCUGGACUGGCGAUAAGCAGCGCCGCGGAAGCCCACAAAGCGAUUCGUGGAGCGCCUGGACUUUUUGUGGAAUUGAUCAUCCGGAGGGUACCAUUCGGUCGAGUUUAUGCCAUUCGUAGGGAACUGGACGGGCAGUGUUUGGGUUUGAUACGUGAUGGGAACACUUCCACCAUUGUAGAUGUGGUGCCCAACAGCUUGACGGCCAGACACGGAUUGCCUCCGAAGGCACAAUCAUGCGAUGGGUUAUCUCUCACGUUUUGGGUACUGACGGAGAUUAAUGGUCGUCCUUUGAAUUUGUUCUUUAAAGACAAUGAAAUCCGGGACCGAUUGAACGCAGUUGGGAGAGACAUAUCGAUACUGGUCCAACCAGCUGAUUUAGUGACCAAGUUGAAAAAGCAGUUGAAGUCUCUACGUGGCCACAAGGACUUUAUUGUGCAAUAGUUUGUUGGAAAGGUAGGUGUCUAAAAUCUGUAGGCAGUCAUCGUUUAUGUUUUAGUACAGAAGUUUUGGAAUAUUUUCUAAAUAUACUGAAACCUGUGCAAGUAGCAAGUGACCGUACUUCUUCAGUUUAAUAAUUUAAAAUGCGUAAUGAAGAAAAGUUGUAACCGGGAAGAAUCCUUGGGUUGCGUCAUGAUACGAGAAUAGAGCAUGUGUGAUAGAUCCUACUGCAAAGAGUCAGCGGUGGGUUAGGAAUAUUUUCCAUUUCGUGAAUUAGUUUCUAGGAAGCGGUAUUUCCACAAAAUGUUUUGCUUUUAGUUUCGAAUUUAUCCCCACGUUUAGGCAAUUUUUUGAACUAAAGUAAAUUCCAAAACAUAAGACGCUAGAACAAUGGCGACUCGUAGGCAUAAAAUAUAUUAACCAAUUCACAAUACAAAUCAAAGAAACUUGAAAGGCUGUAUUAGGGAACGGUGAAACUUUUAGCACUUUAGAAAUCUUAGGACACGUCGUGUCGUUCCCCAAAAUUGUUCAAAAUUUCCCGAUUGUAGUUCAACAAGAGUGAGGAUGUGAGAUUGUCCACCGUUUGAAUAUAAAAUAGUUUUUUUUAGCAAACUUUAAAAA